AUGAAGCAGAUCCUAAUUUUGUCAGAAAAACUAUUAAAUCUAUUGGUAAAAUUGCUAUUAUAUAUGAUAAAGCACUUUCAGAGUAAAAAUUACUUAAUUCGUUAGAGCUAUUUCAAUUAGUAGAAUUUGCAAAAAAUGUUUAAUAGGCUACUGAACCUGUGCAAGAAUUAUUCAUUCAAAUGUAAAUUUUAUAUAGAAAAAAUCGAAAUUCUUAUUAAAUUAAUGAUAGUCUAAAAUUCUUAUUAAAUUAAUGAUAGUCUAAAAAUAAUAUUCAAUAUUCUUGAUUAUGCUAAUGAACCAGAAGCAAAGGUAUUUUAUUUCUCACUAUCAUUCUUAGAGUGCAUGUUAAUUGAAGAUAGAUUAGUCUAACUUUAACUUUUAACAUCAGGAGUUAAACUUUAUAUUAAAUAUCCCUCAUUAUGUUCUGCACUUAUUUAAUAACUCAUUAACUCAGCUAAAGAUUCUUUUAAUCCUGAUGUUAGAGAUAGAACUUAUAUAUAUUGGAGAUUAUUGUCCACUGAUCCAGAAGCAGUUAGAAAUUUAGUUUUUUAUUCUAUGACAGAUUCAUCAUAAUUUUAAAAGGAUAUACGAUUAUGGGAGACCAAGGAUUUAAUUGUAGCUUUAGAAUACAUGUGCAGUAUAAGCAAUUUAUUUCAUAAGCUACCAAAUUAACUCUACAAAAAUAUUAAAGUUAGAAACAAGUACAAUUAUCUUUUAUUUAAGUCAUUAAUAGGAAACUAAAUUAUAUAAGGUAGAAGAUUAAUCAGAUUUACUUUAAAAAGAAUAUUAACAUGAAUAAAAUAUUAAAAAAGAUGAUCAAAAUUAACCAUAAUAAAAAACAUAAGAUAUUGAUCUAUUAAGUUUUGAAGAUUCUGUUUUUAAUUAAAACAAUAAUAAAAGUAAUAUCAAUAACAGGUUAGAUGUUUAUGAUUUAAUUUGA